CUUCAAGUGAAACAACACAACCCUUGAAUGCCUCUAUACCCUUCGCAAUUUUGCUUCUCUGAUAGAAAUUUUUUCCUUAAUGGGUUGUUAUUAGUACAAAGGUAUGAUCUUUUUCUCUUUUCUUCUUAUGGCAGGUAAAUACUUCCUAAUAUUGAAACCUUAAAACAAGUAUUUGCCCUUUUUAGUUCUGGGGCCUGGUGAAAAGAUGGCUUCCAGAAGACAAGUACCAGCAUCAUAUGGACGGUCACUACAAGCUCCAGGAAUGGUGCUUCAUGAAGAAUUGGCUGCUGGAAGCCGCCGCAUUGAUCCAUUUCCUCCUCCUGAGCUUCGGCACAACAUAUUUGCUGCUAGGGCUGCAGAGCUAGAACACCUUGCUGGAGACCAUCAUCGGUUGGCAGCUACAUAUGUUGCCUUAAAGCAGGAUCUUUCUGCUGCUCAGCGAGAGGUACUGAAACUCGAUGAACAUAUAAGAAGUACUCAAACAGAAAGUGACAUCCAGGUCCGGUUGUUGCGUGACAAGAUUGCCAAGAUGGAGGUGGACCUUAGAACCAUUGAGAGUACGAGGAAAGAUGUGGAAGAGGUCCAUUUGGAAGCACGAAGCUUGGUAUCAGCCAAUAUGGAACUGAGCGGAAAAAUACAUCACGUUAUGCAGGAAUUGGAAAAGGCUCAUGCAGAUGUCAAGAAGCUACCUGAGAUGCAUGCUGAACUUGAUUCCUUAAAGAAAGAACACCAGGAGCUGCGCAAGACCUUUCAGUAUGAAAAAGGUUUAAACAUAGAGAAAGUUGAGCAAAUGAAACUCACGGAGAAAGAAUUGAUUGACAUGGCCAAUGAAGCAGAGAGAUUGCGUGCUCAGGUGGUAAUUACUGAGAAAAGAGCUCAAGGUAUUGAUCCUUAUGGUCACCCCUACAUGAACUCAAAUCCCAUGUAUCCAGCUCCUCCUAUGCAUCUACCGGCCCAUGUAGACAGUUACCAGAGAUCUCAUAUUCCAGUAGCCCUUGGCGCUAUGGGAGACUCAACGUAUCCAUAUGGCAGUAGCAUAGCUGUAAGUGCUCAGGGCGGAACGGGAGCUCCACCUCUCCCCAGUACUGAUGGCAAUGUAGCAUGGGGAGAAAGUCAUGAUGCUCCACAAGCCGGGAGCUGAAUUUUCUGCAGUGUAAUUUUUGGUCUGCUUGGCAAAGGUUGAAUCUUCGAGAUGUCAACCGGUUUUGCUUUAAU